AUGGCACAGGACAAAAAGGACAGCGAGGUCAAGUACGAGGUGGGCAACGUUGUGAUUGGAAAAGUCAAGGGAUACCCACCGUGGCCGGGCGAGAUUAUUGAUCCCAAUGAGGCUCCGAGCAAAGUCAAGUCGGAGCGACCGGUAUCUAAAAAAGUGACGUUUUACUGCGUGCGGUUCUUCCCCGUCGGUGACCAUGCCUGGCUCCCGACCAAAGACGUUUCGCGCCUCCUCCCUCACGAAAUACAAGCCUACCUAGCCGAGCCGUCGAAGCGCAAGGGCGACCUGCUCGAGGGAUACAAGAUCGCCAACGACCCGCACGAAUGGCGGAAAGAAAAAGACGCACUGGCGGAGCGGGAGAGGGCCAAUGAGGCAGCCGGGAUCAGCGUCAAUGACGACGUGGACGAGCUGGACAAUGAGGACGACGAGGACGAGGACGAGGUCAACCCAAGAAACGUCGGGCGAGCCAAGGGCAAGCGAAAGACCAAGAAGAGUGCGGAGCAGAUUGAGAGUGAGGACGAGGAGGACAAGGCGUCUAGGGCGGAGAAACCCACGUCGAGCAAGGUCGAGAAGGAGCGCCCGGCAAAGAGGGCCAAGAAGGAGAGUGUGGCUCCCCAGCCCUCGGCUGCUGGGAACGCUGGUGCAGACGACGAGGGCGACGAUGCGGCGAUGGCCAACGAUCCCGAGGCGGCCAAGGUCAAGGAGUGGAGGCAUAAGCUCCAACGGGCGUUUUUGACCAAGACUUCACCCCAGCCCGAUGAAAUGGCUGGUCUGGACACGGUGUUCAAGACGGUGGAGAGCUACGACAAGAUGACCGUCGAGUAUCUCUCGUAUUCUAAAAUCGGCAAAGUGAUGCGUAAAAUCAUCCAGUUGACUACCAUCCCCGCGGACGAGCAGUAUCACUUCCGUCAACGGGCCCAAGCAUUAGUAGCCAAAUGGCAACAACUUAUCACCACUUCUGAAGACGGAUCGCCCUCGGCAAAUAACAACACCAAGGAGAAAGUAGCUUCGAGUUCGGGCAAGGGGACCAAUUCGACCAAUGGUGGAAAACCAAAGAGCUCAAAGGCAUCGGACAAGGACGCACCGGCCGAACCCGAACCAGCCGCAAACGGUGUCCAGGCAAACGGUGGAGCAGAACCUAUGAAAGUCGAUAGUUAA